AUUUGAUUAUCUAACAAUGUUUUUAUAUUUUGUAUUUUAUAUUGUUCUUAUCCUGAAUGUAUGUGAUGGAAUGAGAUACGACGGAUAUAUGCUUAUGCGGGGUUUGCCCGCUAAUAAAGUACAUUUGGAUUUCUUCAAAAACGUGACGAAGAAUUAUGAUGUCGACGUGUGGCAGGCUCCAGGGUCGGUCAACAAGCCUGUUGAUUUCGUUAUAAGCCCUGAACAUGCUGAAAUUGUAAAGUCUGCAGCGAUCAGUCAGAAUAUUCCCUUGGAAAUAUUGCAGAGUGAUAUACAGAGCGCGUUCGACAAUCAAACAGUUAACACCUACAGAAGACGCAACACCGAUUCCUUUACCUGGGACAGCUAUUACCGCGCAAAUGAUAUAGUCAAUUGGUUAAAAGAUCUUCAAUCAAAGUACCCAAAAGAAAUAAAAUUGUUCAGCAUCGGGAAAACAGCCGAGGGCAGGGAUAUUAUGUGCGUCAAGAUCGUCUUGAAAGGAUCGAAACCAAGGUCUAAAGUUAUAAUUGAAGGUAAUAUACAUGCCCGGGAGUGGAUUACGUCGGCUAUGGCUACCUAUAUCAUUAAUGAGCUGAUCCAUGCCCCCAAAGGAAAAAAUAAAGAAUGGAACAAAAUUGCUAACAAUUACGAAUGGUACAUUAUUCCUUUAUUGAAUGUGGACGGCUACGAAUAUUCGCACACAACUUCACGAAUGUGGAGGAAAAAUCGGCGUGGCGGUUUUGGAGUCGAUUUGAAUCGAAACUUCGAUAUCGCUUUUGGAACUGAUGCAACAGAAACCAGUAAAAAGUCUCCAAUAUACGCCGGCCCUAAACCAUUCUCUGAACCAGAAACCAAAAGUUUAAGAAAAUUUAUGAAAUCCGCAAGCAAGGGCUUGACUAUAAGCCAUUACAUAUCAAUACAUUCAUAUGGACAGCUCUUCAUCAUACCAUACGCAUAUACUACCGAACACCUUGAAAAUUUUAGUGAAAUGGAGAAAAUAGGAAAAAAAGUGGCAAAACGUAUUUUGAAGCGAUACGGAACAAAGUACGUUGUAGGAACAGCAUACGACACGGUGGGAUAUACGGCAUCUGGUGUUAGCGCAUGUUGGGUCAAGAAAGCGUAUAAAGUUCGGUACGUGAACGUCUUUGAGCUUCGUGACACUGGAAAAUACGGAUUCGCCUUGCCGAUAAACCAGAUAAAACCCACAUGUCUGGAAACUAUGGAUGGACUUAUGGAACUCCUCAAACCACGGGAAUCAAUCAAACUAUCAGAUUAUGAAGAGAACGAAUCCCAACCCGACGGCACGGCUGUAACAACGUUGAAUGGACUGGCCUUAUGGAGGAGAUACGAUGGAUUCAUGCUUUUGCGGGGUUUGCCUGCUAACGAACAAGAUUUGGAAUUUUUCAAAAAUGUAACGAAGAACUAUGAUGUUAACGUGUGGCAGCCUCCAGGAUUGGUCAACAAACCUGUUGAUUUCAUUAUAAGUCCUGAUCAUGCGAAUAUAGUGAAGUCCGCAGCCAGGAGUCAGAAUAUUUCCUUGGAAACGCUACAUGAUGACAUACAGACCGCGUUUGACAAUCAAACUGUGAACACGUACAGUCGACGCAACACCAAGUCAUUCAACUUUGACAGCUAUUAUCGCCCAAAUGAUAUCAUCAACUGGAUGAUGGACAUUAAGACACAGUAUCCUGAAGAAAUCAGCUUGUUUAGUAUCGGGAAAUCACUUGAAGGGAGGGAUAUUAUGUGUAUGAAGAUCAUCUUUAAGGGAUCAAAAAGAAGGUCCAAAGUUGUGAUUGAAGGCGGCAUACAUGCGCGUGAGUGGAUAGGAACAGCGAUGGUCACGUAUAUCAUUAACGAACUGAUCCAUGCCCGUAACGGCUUGAGGGACAACUUCAAGACUAUUGCUUAUAACUACGAGUGGUUUAUUAUUCCUAUAUUUAAUAUAGAUGGCUAUGAAUAUACUCAUACAACGGAUCGUAUGUGGAGAAAGAAUCGCCGCGGCGGUUACGGUGUCGAUCUGAAUCGAAACUUCGAUGCCGCUUUUGGAACCGUUGGUGUUACAUUAACCGACAAAGACUCAGAAGAAUAUUGCGGUCCCAAAGCUUUCUCUGAACCAGAAACCCAGCAUUUGAGAAGAUUCAUGCAGUCUACCAACAAGGGUCUACCGAUUAGCCACUACAUGUCCUUCCAUGCGUACGGGCAACUCUUCAUCAUACCGUACGCAUAUACUAAGAAACACCUUGACAAUUUUAAUGAAAUGAAAAAAAUUGGAGACAGAGCGGCGACACGUAUAAAGAAGAGGUACGGGACGGAGUAUACUGUAGGCACAGCAUUUGACACUGUGGGAUACAUGGCAGCUGGCGUCAGUGCGUGUUGGGCCAAGAAGACAUUUAAUAUUCCGUACGUAAACGUAUUCGAGCUCCGUGACACCGGCAAACACGGCUUCGCCCUACCAGCGCAUCACAUCAAGCAUACGUGCUUGGAAACCAUGGAUGGCCUCAUGGAGGUCCUCAAACCUCGCCAUGGAACCAAACUGUCAGGACAAGAUGAUAUGGACGGAGACACGCCUGGCGGCCAGGCUAUGACUACUUUUAAUGGAAUGGUCGUUUCGAUAAAUGUUUUUAUUAUGUGUGCAUUUGAUGACCAAACGGUCAAACGCUAUUUUCGACACCACCUGGAGUCGUUCACAUGGGAACACUAUUACGGUUUGGACGACAUUUACAACUGGCUGAGAGAUUUUAGCAUUGCACACCCUAAUGAGGUUCAGUUAUUGCCUAUAGGAAAGAGUAUUGAAAACAGGGACAUAUUUGCAGUGAGACUAAAGUUGAAUAAAGCUAAAAUUUGCAAGAACAGACAUAGACCCAAAGUCAUAGUGGAAGGUGGAAGCCACGGAAGGGAGUGGAUAUCCCCAGCGGUGGUUACCUACAUGAUCUACGCGUUAGUAAACGCGAAUAAUUCCAACAGCGAAGAGUUGAAGCUUGUAGCACCAAUGUACGAUUGGUUUUUCGUUCCUGUAAUGAACCCAGAUGGAUAUGUUUAUUCACAAACACAUGAUCGAUUGUGGAAGAAAAAUCGCCGUGGUGAUUAUGGUGUCGACUUAAAUCGCAAUUUCGGAAUUUUAUUUGGAAAAUUGGGAUCAAAAAGGGAUAAAAUAGAUGACGAAUACUGCGGCACAGAACCUUUCUCUGAACCGGAAUCUGCAGCAAUGGCUACGUUUGCGAGAGACAACAGCUUCAGUCUUGAAUACUAUCUGUCUUUUCAUGCUUAUGGACAGUAUAUAAUCCUUCCUUACUCCUUUUCUAGGAUGUAUGAAGAUAAUUACAAUAGUACGAAAAAGUUGGCUGAAUUGAUGGCUGAAAAACUAUUCACAAAAUAUCAAAUUGAAUAUAAAGUUGGCACUAAUUUUGAUACACAAGGAUACUUAGCGUCAGGUGUAAGUGCAGACUGGGUCAAAAGAGCAAUUAACGUUACUCACGUUGCAACCAUCAUGUUACCGGACACCGGAGCGCACGGUCUCGCGUUGCCACCAAAGCAGAUCUUGCCAACCUGCGUCUCCAUCAUGGAUGGUUUGCUAGCGUUCCUUGAUCCACCACAACCCGAAGAUGUGAAACGUGACGCAAUGAGAUUUAGCGAGAUAAACGAUAAAAGUGCCAUGUUUGCAGAAUUUUUGGAAGAAAAUGAAAUUAUUAAUGAUUAUGCUCCGAAAUUUGAUUCUUCAAGAUAUAUCUUUGUUUGUAAUGUGAUUGUGUACAUGUUUAGCAGAUUUAGAUAA